ACACCGGCAGCAUAAUCACCCCUUCAGCACGCAGCUCACCUUUUUCCUGUCCUUUUAAACAUCUCCGUCUUAGUCAAACCCUGUAACCUCUGCUUCCACCCAAUGAGAAAAGGGAGCUGUCCGAGGCGAGCCCUCCCUCAUCUUUUUCUCUCUCCUCCUCUCCCCCUCGACUCGGACUCUAUCCGUGCGCUAAUAAAGGAGAGCAUCCGACUCGGUCAGGAGUCCCGCAUCAGGCUGAGGAGCGCCCACUUAAACUCUUCUAAUUGUCACUUCUGCUCUGUUUUUUUUUUCUUCCGGACACUAUUCCUGCCUCUCUAAGAUAAGGAAAAAAAACCAACAGGAUCAGACCUUGAGGCACAGAGAGUAGGGGCGCAACCGGCUUCUCUUGUCGCCCGCUUCGUCAGACAGGAGCCAUGCUGGGUUUAAGCAGGAUUCUUGGCCUCCGCGCAACUCGGAUUCAGCGCGGUGGUGCCGGACUCUCGCCCGGGCCUUCCUCGUCUCAGAAACAAGGUGCCAGCUCAAGGAUGUACUGUGCGUGUCUGUUGUUGCUGCUGCUCGUCACGCCUCGCGUGGACUCUUCGUGGUGGUACAUUGGCGCUCUGGGGGCUCGUGUGAUCUGCGACAACAUCCCUGGCCUGGUGAACAAACAGAGGCAGCUCUGCCAGCGCCACCCAGACAUCAUGCAGGCCAUCGGAGAAGGCACGAAAGAGUGGAUCAGGGAGUGCCAGCACCAGUUCAGGCACCAUCGAUGGAACUGCAGCACGCUGGACCGCGACCAGACUGUCUUUGGACGCGUCCUACUCCGGAGCAGUCGUGAAGCCGCUUUCGUGUACGCCAUCUCCUCAGCGGGAGUCGUGUACGCACUAACUCGGGCCUGCAGCCAGGGGGAUCUGAAGACAUGUAACUGUGACCCUCAGAAACGCGGACGAGCGAACGAUCAAAAAGGUGAAUUUGACUGGGGAGGCUGCAGUGAUAACGUGAACUAUGGGAUAAAAUUUGCCAAAACCUUCAUCGAUGCCAAAGAGAGGACUGUCCGGGACGCUCGGGCUCUCAUGAACCUCCACAACAACCGCUGCGGCAGAACAGCGGUGAAGCGUUUCAUGAACAUGGAGUGUAAAUGCCACGGCGUGAGCGGGUCCUGCACACUGCGGACAUGCUGGAUGGCCUUGUCGGACUUCAGGAAGAGUGGCGACUACCUGCGGAGGAAGUACAACGGGGCGGUUGAGGUGACGAUGAAUCAGGACGGGACAGGCUUCGCUGUGGCCAACAAAGCCUUCAGGAAGGCCACCAAGAACGACUUGGUCUACUUUGAGAACUCUCCGGAUUACUGCCUUCAAGACAAAGCGGCAGGUUCCCUGGGCACUGCCGGACGGGUCUGCAACAAGACGUCUCGGGGCACAGAUGGCUGCGAGGUCAUGUGCUGUGGGAGAGGCUACGACACCACCAGAGUCAUGCAAGUCACCAAGUGUGAGUGCAAAUUCAAAUGGUGCUGCGCGGUGGAGUGUAAGGACUGCGAGGAGGCCGUGGACAUACACACGUGCAAAGCCCCCAAACGAGCAGAGUGGCUAGACAAGACCUGAGGACGCAUCGCUCUACGCUCCCAUCUAACGCAACCCCACCUAAUCCCCCUUUGCAGGACAUCGUGUAGAACACGGCAUUCUGGGAAAGUCUGUCCAAGAGUGCUCUGCAUCUCCGCCCCAACCUUGUCUCAUCAUUGCAUGGCUUUUUUUUUUUUUUUUUUUUUUUUUUUGUACCCGUCUGUGAAAGCACUAGAAGCCCCCUAUCCAUCCUAACGAGUUGACAUUAGCUCCUAUUUGUGAAUGUCUCUGUGAUUCAGCUGCUAGGAUCAGAUGAACUGUAAUAGUCAGCGAUACCAAUUUGGCUUUACUCGCAGAUUCAUCCCAGAGGAGCUUUUUUUUUUUCUGUUGUGGUACUGCAUUUCAAAUGAUUUGCUGCUUUCAUGAUGCUUAAAGACAAAUGUUACUUGAGCCUUACAACAUAUCCAGUAUUAUUAACAGCAUCAUAUCUUGUAUUCACAUAACUUUGGUUUGUUUUGGUUUGUUGUUUUCUUUGUGGGAGCACACCCUUUAUCUAUUGGGAGAAAAAUAAACCAAAAAUCAUACUUGGUUGGACUGUGGACAGUACCUUAGAAAGUGCAAUUCAAGAUGUGGACAUCUUAACAUAUAUUUGGCGACGCAUGGCCAAACACGCGUCCAGAAAAGGGACUGCUAGAGGAAAAGGAGAUGGACACCAGAUGAAUCUUAAAACAAUGGACAAAUGCAUCACUGGAGCAUAGAGUGACACUGUGCAAAGGAAAGAAAAGAGGAGGAAAAUGAAAAAAAAAGACUGUUUCAAGUGGAUUAUUUAAAUUGUAAUGUGUUGUUUCAUUCCUCAUCUGUUGAUGAGACUGCACUACAUUGGCUGAUGCAAGGAGGCAGAAGAGCUCUUGCAUUACUGUGAUAAUACAAUGAGUUUUAGUUUUGUGUGUGAUUUGAAAAAAACCUGCUGCUGAGAAGAAGACAAAGAGAACUGAGGCCUUGACGGGUCACACAUCAACCACAAUAUCCACAUAUUUGCCUUCUCUGCUCUCGAGCUUGCUUGCAUAACAUUUUGUAUAAUGCUCUAUCUAAACAGAUGUUCAUAUAAAAAUAUAUGGUGAAUUA